ACCUCUUGAUCUUCAAAGGUUUAUCAUCAUCAUCACAGUUCCAAGAAGGAGCGUUGCACUUUUCUCUCACACUCAGGAGGGUCCGGUGACUUGUUUCAACAUGUGGGGCUGUGUCACUGGCUUCUUCACCUACGAGACCACCAAGUCUGUGGUUGUGAAGAGCUGGUCCGUGGGGAUCAUCAACAGGAUCAUACAGCUGCUCAUCAUUACAUAUUUUGUGGGCUGGGUCUUCAUCCACGAGAAAGCUUACCAGGUGACCGACACCGGGAUCGAGUCAACAGUUAUGACCAAAGUCAAAGGCUUUGGUUACCAUCAGAACCGUGUGAUGGACGUGGCCGACUACGUCUUCCCUCCUCAGGGCGCAGCUGUGUUCUCCAUCAUGACUACUGUCAUCAAUACUGAAAAUCAGUUCCAAGGACGAUGUCCAGAGACUUCCGAAAAAUUCAACUGUACCACAGAUGCAGAAUGCACCAAAUUUCUAUACUCCGUUGUCUCAAGUGGCAGAAUAACAGGUAUUUGCCACAAGACCUUUAAUGAGUCUGAGGGUCGCUGUGAGAUUGAGGGAUGGUGUCCAGCCGAGGAUGACAACGUUGAGAUCCAACCAAUGCUGGAAGUGGAAAACUUCACCAUCUUCAUCAAAAACAGUGUUCGUUUCCCACUCUUCAAUGUCACCAAAGGAAAUUUGUUUCCCACAAAGAAUUCCUCUGAGAUCAUAAACUGUACCUACGAUCCAGAAUCACAGCCUUUCUGUCCCAUCUUUCGUCUGGGGGAUAUAAUACACUACACUGGGCACAACAAGAAAAAACUGCUGGAAAAGGGUGGAGAAGUAGGAAUAAACAUUGAAUGGAAAUGUGACCUUGACCGAGAUAUUCAGUACUGUGUUCCCAAAUACUUUUUCACAAGGCUCGAUGACCCAGUUCAACACAAGGUCUCCAAGGGGUACAACUUCAGGUUUGCCAAAUAUUUUAAGACAGAGACUGGGACUGAAUUUCGGACUCUUCACAAAGUAUUUGCAAUCCGGUUUGACGUAAUGGUCACAGGCAAUGCAGGAAAGUUCAGCACAAUCCCAACACUGAUCAACUUAGUCGCUGCGUUCACCUCGAUUGGGCUGGGUACCGUUUUCUGUGACAUUAUCUUACUGAACUUCUUGAAAGGAGCAGCACAGUACAAAGCCAAGAAGUUUGAGGAGGUGUCAGAGGCACAGAUCGAAUCAUCCCCCAAGUCCAGUCCUGACAGCCACCAGUCACUCAAACCAGAUGUCAAGCGUUCCCCUGACUCUGGAGCAAUUUCCUUGUCCUCCUUUGAUUGACUGUCCAAAUCUGAAGAAAUGGACACGCCUCCGGUUUUCUCUUUCACUUACUGCUUCGCAUUUUUGCUUUUAAGGGCUCUGUAGUCAGUUUUAAUUAGGCAAGAAUAAGAAUAAGAAGGAAAGAAAAUGGCUCAAUUAGAGGAAAACUGGAAAAUCUUUGGCACUCACACUGAAACAAGGUUACCAUUAAAGAAGAUGAGUUUUUGAUUAUUAUCAAAACAAUAUUACCUUAGAGUUAAUUAUUAAAAUGUUAUUUUAUUUAAAACAUUUUCAUUUUAUACCUUCUUAACUACAAUAAUAUGUGUAAUAUUAAAGCUGAAUAAAUCUCAGUAUUUCCAGCUAAGAAGCUGUUGUUUAUAAAAUACCUUUGAUUUACAUAAUAUUUGAUCGUGUUUCUUUGUUGUUAUGUUCACAUUACCAAAUGCCCUAAUAAAG